CCCGCCCUCGCGCGCCGCGCUCAUUGAAGAAUCAAGACGGAGCGAUAAAUGGCGAUCCCAUUCACGCAGUACAUCAUGGAUAAACGAUAAACCUUUACCUGUAUAAUCACCCAUCAUGGCUACAACACCCAUGGAGCAAUGGAGUAUUCGAGAGAAGCUAUGUUUGGCUUCAUCGGUGAUGCGCAGCGGAGAUCAAAACUGGGUGUCGGUGAGCAGAGCUAUCAAACCCUUCAUGGAACCUAACAGACCAUCGGACUGGUUCUCACAAAAGAAUUGUGCUAUACAGUAUUCAGCAAUGUUAGAGGCAGUGGACACACCCAAGAGGAAGAGGAGUGGUGAUAAGGGAGAGGUGGAGACCCCUGUUGACCUUGUGGUCCGCCGUAUGACCCAGGAAAGGAUCGAAGAACUAAGGCAUCAGAUCUCGGACGAUCGUAGGAAGUUCAAGCAGCUUCAAGAAGAGAUUCACAACAUACAGAGCGGUCAGUUGGAUGACCAGCUACCAAAGAUAUGGGCGGAAAUACAGGAAAAGAAGCGUCUAGAAGAAGAAGCGUUGGAGAACAAGAGGUUAGCAGCAGAGGCUAAGGCUGCAGCAGUAGCAGACAAUGUUCCUUUUCGUUUUGAAGCAGCCAAAUUGAAAGCCAGUUUACAGUCCCCAAACAAGAAACGUCCUCCCAUACGACCUCCAAAGGCCACGCCUUCGAAGCCUCAGACCACAACCACUCCUACAGAGGAGGAGGAGCCUACCGUGGAAUCAGGGCCAAUCAUCUCAGUGGAAAGUUCAGAAGCUGCCCCUAGUGUAGAUGUGAAGCAAGGAAUACCCGAUGAUGACCAGUCUCAGCCUGCAUUACUCUCAUCACUACUCACCACUCAAGAGGAAGAAGAGAAGAAGGCUAAGAAAGAUGGCAGCCAAGCAUCGGAGGCUGUUACAAUAGAUGAAUUCACCCAUAUUUUCUCAGAUAGCAGUAAGACCACACCCCCUAAGGAACCAGAGAAACAAAAACAGCUCACAACAACCAAAGUCAAAGACACCCCUACCCUUUCUAAGCUUCUUCUCCCAUCCCCCAUGUCAGAAAGUGGAACAACCCCAGACAAAGAAGGAGCAGAUGCUGCAGCAGACGAGUCCAUUGCAGAUGAAGGGGAGGAGAUUCUGCCAGAGAAAAAGGAAAAGGAAAAUGAAAAGAAAGAAGAUGUUGAAAAAGACGUCCAAAAAGAUAUUGUCGAAGUUGCACAAGAAAAGCCGACAGAGGAGCCUUCAGUGAAAGCGGCUGGAGAUAAGACUACUACCGAGAUCUUGGAGGAGAGCAAACCAGAUCCUGAAGUUCGUAAAGCUGAGUCUGGAGGAGGCAAGCUCCUUCGAUCUCACCAUGAACCUCUUGACAUGGAGCCUGUGUCGCCAGGAACUCAGGGAAAGAUAGAGAAGAAGAGAGGGAGGGGUCGUCCUAGCAACGCAUCCAGGAAGAGUACUAGGACGAAGACUAAACAGGACGAUGACGACGAAGACACAGUGAUGAGUUUUGAUGAUCUCAAAGACGAGACUAGGAGCGAUGCUGCUGAUUCUGAAGAUCACGAUAGACCAUCAGAGAGUGACGAUGCAUCCGUUGCCAAUUUGCAGACCUCCCUCUAUAGUGAUUCAUUACCAAACAGUCCGUCUUCUGUGCCACAUAGUGAAGAAGACCAUGCUUAUAGACUGUGGAGGAAGGCCAUUAUGUUAGUAUGGAGAGCUGCUGCAAGCCACAAGUACGCCAGUGUGUUCCUCCACCCUGUUACGGAGGACAUUGCCCCAGGUUACUGCAGCAUCGUUCACCUGCCAAUGGACCUUAUCACUAUCAAGAAGAAGAUAGAGAAUGGAACGAUCCGGACAACGGAGGCCUUCCAUCGAAACAUCUUGAUCAUGUUUCAGAAUGCAAUCAUGUAUAAUAGCUCAGAUCAUGAUGUACACAACAUGGCAGUCAGUAUGCAGAACGAUGUCAUUAGCUUUAUAGAGGAAUUCAUUUCAACCCAAUUAAUGGUACAGCAACCAGACUCUUCUAAGGUUUUAAGAGGAAGAGAUACCAUGGCUAGGAGGUCAGAUGUCGGCACAAAGGAUGAGGAAGGUAAGGCAAGGCGUAGUUCAACCGAUCACCAGGAGACAAGUGGGAAGAAGAGGAGGACGAGAGCCGAUGAAUAUUAGACGUUUUUUUUUAACCUGAUAUGGACACAAUCUGCUUCUUGAAGAAGCAAAAAUUUCUGUGAAGAAUUUUGGUGUGGUGGAAAUGUCAAAUGAGGAAGGAAAAAAGGGUCAUCAACAGAUAACUUCGAGACAAAUAGAAUGAAAAUUAAGGACAAGAGUUGAAGACUAUUCAAAUUUUUGAAUGUCUAUACAUGGCCAUUGUACCAUUCAUUUAUCAAUGUAUCUCUCACAUUAUCCCUAAUACUUCAGUAUUUUCUUCAUAAGACCUAUUUAGCAACUUUGUCAUUCAAUCUAAAGGCUUCAUGGUACAACAUUUAUAUAUUGUGUGCAUAUGUUUGGUCCUGAAAAGGACCAUCCACACUCAAUGUUUCAGCACAUAUUUUUGUGCCGUCUUCAUGUGAAUGAGCAAAGGAGGCAAUAUAUACUCAACAGUCCCGUAUGCAUAGUGCUUUGCAGUUGCAUGUUUCUGAUUGGUUAUGGAAAGUCACUGGUUCAUAAGCAAUGAUUUCUUUUUUUUGGUGGGGGGAUGGGACAAGAUGGCCUCUCCCAAUGGCUCCUGUACCAACUUCAAGGAUGUGGUAUUCCCCUGGAAUCAUAGCAAAUGUACUGGUGCAUCGCUAUCUGUUGAAAUCUUGGUACAAAUUUACAAGUCACACUCAUCCCCCCUUUCCCAAUUUAAAGAAAAUAAUAAUUUUAUUUUUUUCUCCAAGAUGUCUCCUCUCUCACUGGAGAUGUAGUUGAUGUAUAUAUAUAUAUAUAUAUAUAUGUGCCCAAGUAAAGCGAUCAUAAGUUUGAAAGAACAUAGUUAUUGUUUCUCCAUUUUAAUUUUUACCUCCUUCCCCUGUAAUUUGGCUGGACAGUAUACAUGUAAUUGAAUAAUCUAAUUGGAUCUGUAUUCCUAGGUACACUGUAACAUCAUUGCGUUGCUUCUAUUGAUUAUUAUACCCUUUCAAUAGUAAAAAAAAAACCAAAACGCACAGCCCUUUUUGUUGUAUGAUUAUAGGUAAAUGCCUCAGAAUAGUCAUAAUAGAUCAAUGGCACAAUGAUAUCAUCUUCAUCUUUUACAGAUGUGCAUUAAAACUUUCUAAAUGCAGUAUUUGUAAUAUAGCACAUGAUAAUUAAAUAUCUUCAUCUGCUUUCCAGCAAAAAAAGAUGUGUCACAUUGCUUGGGAAAAUGUAUAAUAGGGAACCAAUAGCUCGUUGGUUGAAUCAUUUGGGGUAUUCAUGUGUUAGAGAAUGAGUCAUUUAUAUUGAUUUUCUGGGACCUAGAUGUGACAGCACCAUCUUAAUUCAUCAAAAGAAAUAUUGAUUAUUCCUGUAAUUGUGUGAUCACAAUAGAAUUGGGCUCUAGGUCCUGCUCAGGGCUUAGGGACUGGCCACACAAUUGAUCUUAAAUUUGGCUGUACACUGUGGUAACUAAUAAUUGCUAUAAAAAGAAGUUUACAAUCAAUGUUUUAUGCUUUGUGUUAUGGACACCAGGGCCCCGUAACACAAAGGUUAGCGAUCAAUUGCUACAUGGAUUGGCCUAUCGGGAUCAUCGUUGUAUGCGCAUUUUGCUCGGUAGACUGACUAGGAACUAAUCAGAAUUGCUCUUUCAAAUUAGGGAUUAAUCGCUAACCUUUGUGUUACAGGACCCUGAUCUCCUUUCGAGACUUGUUUCUGAGUUCAGCGUUUUCUGCAUAUUUUGGCUAUAGGAAACACCUUUUUUAUGAAGGAAAGGGGUAAUUCUAGAUGUUUUUUUAGACCUCUAGAAUCUGAAUUAAUCCCCCAAGAAAGCGUUACCAGUUCGAAAGUUCUGUAUGAUUAAUAUCCCAGUCACAUUUUCUCUACAGCGGCCAUAUGGCGAGUCGAAAACAGCUAUUUUAAUAUUUCUGUACCAGCUACCUUUAGGUGGUUUGAAUAAAAAUGAAUAAAACAGUUGUUUUCAACUCGCUUUACGGCCAGUGUAGAGCAAAUGUGACUAAGGUAUUACCAACAACUUCUUGGUAUACCACCCUGGCCAUGUCACUGAAAGGAAUGGGCACUGGUCCGGGGCGGCCAAAUAGACAUCAUUCUGUACUCUGGUACAUUGAUCAUGUUGAAUAAUUCUUUGUACUAGUAUUGAUUGCAUCAGUUCAUACAUCACCUUUGUAUAGAUUUUGUGUUCUUUUGUAUUAAAAAGUGAGAAUGUUCA